AUGCCUACCACCUCGCCAAAUUGUCAAGAUAUCAUAGAACUCAUUGCAGAUGAACUCGGGUACGGCACCUGGCGCUCCAGAACGCCGGCGCAAUCCAGGGCUCUCGCCUCGAUGGCGAGAGUAUGCAAGGCCCAUAGCGUCAUAGCUCUUGCCCGCCUAUGGCGCAAUCUCGCCAACCUCUAUCCCCUCUUCAGACUGUUUUAUUCUUAUAGACAAAAGGAAUAUGGCGAACCGUCGCUCUCCCGUAACAUAUCCGAUGAAGAGUGGGCGCGUUUCGACUUCUAUGCCGGUUACGUUCGCAGUGUAGACGACAUUCUCAUCAAAGACGCGAAGGCUUUGAAAAUAUUCACUCACCGGUAUAACCGCGAGCGUCCCAUGCUCCCUCAACUCAUUCGGAUCGGAGAACUCAACAUGUGCCAUCACCACCGUGUCAUCGCCGCCCUGCUCACAUCGACGUUACGGUCCGUCGGCCUCCAUGGAUGGAAGCCGUACGACUCCGAAACCAACGCAAGAACUCCCUUGCGGGACACGCUUUCAGCUCUCGCUGCUCGCGUACCGAAUCUCUCAAAGCUCGGCAUCGAAUUCCAGGACGACGACAUCGGCGAUCAACUCGAGCCUCUCGUGGAAAUGAAGGCGCUCGAAUGCCUCACUCUCACUGAGCCCCUAGAAAUCGACGCUCUGGAGUUCUGCGGAGAGCCACCUUUGCACAGCCUGCACGCGGAGAUCGAAUUCGCUCCCUCCUUCGACUACGAGCAAUUUCACGGGCAGUUUCGCGACCUGGAAACCCUCGGGCUCACCUUUCGUUGUGUCAACUCGGAAGGAAUAGGACAUUUCUUGCAAGCAGCUCGCCCUCCUCGCCUUCACACUCUCAAGCUGUUUCUCAUGGAUGGAUGGUUGGCGGCCAGAGUCGGAUCUUACGCCUCCCUCGCGAAUCGGGAUCGAUCUCUAUCUUCCGUCGCCGGAACGGUAGAGACGUUGUUCUUGUACUCUGGUCGCGAGGAUGAAUCUCCCGAAGACUAUGAGGAAGAACCGGCCUUCGACCUUCGCUUCUGCAUCGUGGAACCCGCGCUCAUCUUGCACCGCCUCACUACGGUCCGGAUACGUUUUUGGCCGUCGAUGGUGCUCGACGACGCCUCGCUCGCCACUAUGGCAACUGCAUGGCCACUCCUCCGAGCCCUCUACAUCGACCAAGGCACCGACCAUCCGGAAGACGACGCCGACACCUCCCCAUAUCCAACCAUCAACGCCCUCAAGAUUUUCGCAGAACGCUGUCCCUCUCUAGAAGAAUUUGACUUCAUUUCCAACAUGCGCCUUGAGAGCCUACCUUCAUCGCUCUCCGACGUCCCCCGUGUCCUCGCUCAUUCCCUCCGCUACCUCAACGUCGUCUGCCGGAACGGCUGCGAUCCAGAAGAUCACAUCCCCCUCGCAUUCUUUGUCGACGCUCUUUUUUCGCGCCUGCAACUCCCUGCGGCCUUCUCCGCCGACCGGAUUCCCGAGCAGAAGACUUCGUAUGCGUUCAACGACGAGAUCACCGUGCUGCUCGUCGCGUUCCAGGCAGGGAGAGGGCACAUGUGA